CACUCUGAUUGGUCGGCGCAAGCUGCAGCGGUCGGCAUAUAAGCUAAGCCUCGAGACCCGAAAGGCACUUCACUUUGGAAUCGCUUCAGAUUCGCAUCGAUCGUCGCUUUCAAAGAUCUUCAUUAAAAUAAAAAAUCAUGUCUGGACGCGGUAAAGGUGGUAAGGCUAAGGGAAAGGCGAAGUCUCGCUCUAACCGAGCUGGACUUCAAUUCCCCGUUGGUCGUAUCCAUCGUCUUCUUCGGAAGGGAAAUUACGCCGAACGCGUUGGUGCAGGAGCACCAGUAUAUUUGGCUGCUGUUAUGGAAUACCUAGCCGCUGAAGUUCUCGAGUUGGCUGGUAAUGCAGCUCGUGACAACAAGAAGACCAGAAUCAUUCCUCGUCAUCUUCAACUCGCCAUCCGUAAUGACGAAGAGUUGAAUAAACUGCUUUCUGGUGUUACCAUUGCCCAGGGUGGAGUACUGCCGAAUAUUCAGGCCGUUCUCUUGCCCAAGAAGACAGACAAGAAGACAUAACUACAUAAACAUUCAUCAAUACAAAUGGCCCUUUUCAGGGCCACAAAAUAUUUUAAAACGAAUGGAAUAUCUAGUUGUUCAAUGCAACUUCAAAUUGGGUGUUCAGGAUGGGAGGCUUUAGCAUUUAGAAUGUUUGAAAAUUUUUAACUUCAACAUAUUAGGAAAUAAUGCAUUAAUAUUUUAUCAAUUUUGUUGCAAAUUUUGUAGAACUUACAAUAGUACUACUUGUGAUUCUUAAUUAACGUCAUUAGAAAUAUUCAUAUAUGAAUAUUACUUGAACUCAUGGAUAAAAGAUGCACGAUUUAAUAUGAAUGUAGUUCAUGGAUAGAUAUUACUUGCAUAAAUUUUUAUACUUCCGUUUAGCAUCAAAUAUGUUAACAAUUUGAUAGUGGCAAUAUUUUAUAACGUUUUUACCUAAACUUAUAACUGUACAUCCCAUUUCAAUCAACAACAAACUGUAAAAAAGGUGAAACUUUUAAUGGAAUAUUGAAGUUCUUGGUACCUGAAAUCAUGAUUUAUUAAUUUCUCGCAACUGCAUUAUAUUUUGUGCAAGAGUUAAAGCGUAAUAGAAAAUAGAUAGAUUUUCACGGACAUAAAUAAUAAAAUAUGAAAAUGACUAGAGUAGCUGGACAUUCAGGGGACGUACAAUCAAAUAUGCUGCAUUCAUGAGGCCCGCACAUUCCCGAACACCUGGCCCAUAUGGUUCGUGCAGAUGUUCUUUUCACUAUGGGAAAAAAACCCCACACGACGCCGAAUAAAACGGAAUGUACGAUUUUCAUUGAACGUUUAAUCUAGAUAUUUUUAUCAAUGUUACAUGCUAAGCGUACUGUAACACUUCUGCAAUUUUUCUCAUAUGAAAUAUAUUGGUGUUUUUAAAGUA